AUGACCGAGGCUAUGACCAUUGGAGCUUGUGCUUCUCCAAUCUUUACGACGUUGUCAACGAUCUCAAGGAGUGUUGUGAAUAGAGUUGAUAUCGUCUCAUGGACUACUAUUGAUCGGAACCGGCUUGAUGGUCCAAAGAUAGGGAGGGUGGAUGUUGUAGUCUUUGUCAUCUUAGUCAUCUUAGCAUUCUUAGUGUUCUCAAUCGUUUCUUUGUACUUCAAGCGAUUGCAGCUCGCCUUCAUCUUGGUCACAAAACAUGUGAGAUCGGCUAGGAAGAAGAAGCGAAGGAUGCUUCUUCCGCUGUCUAUGUAA